UCCUGUGGCGGAACACGAGGACGUACGCUCUCCUUUCAUCGAACUCUAUGGUCUUAGGACGCACCUGUGACCCCGGAAGCUCUUCUGGAAGUUCGGAGCAGCAAGAUGGCGGCGCGGACAGCGCUUGGCGCUCUGUGCCGGCACCUCUGGCAGGGCUUGGGGAAUUUGUCUGUAAACAGUUCUAAGAGCAAUACAGCAAAGAAUGGUGCCUUUCUUCUCAGUACCAGCAUGAAGUGGGUACAGUUCUCAAACCUUCACAUUGAUGUUCCAAAGGAUUUGACCAAACCUACUAUAACCAUUUCUGAUGAACCAGACACAUUAUAUAAACGUCUGUCGAUUUUAGUAAAAGGCCACGAUAAGGCCGUAUUGGACAGUUAUGAAUAUUUUGCGGUGCUUGCUGCUAAAGAACUUGGUAUCUCUAUUAAAGUACAUGAACCUCCAAGGAAAAUAGAGCGAUUUACUCUUCUCAAAUCAGUGCAUAUUUUCAAAAAACACAGAGUUCAGUAUGAAAUGAGAACACUUUACAGAUGUUUAGAGUUAGAGCAUCUAACUGGAUGCACAGCAGAUGUCUACUUGGAAUAUAUUCAGCGAAACUUACCUGAAGGAGUUGCCAUGGAAAUAACGAAGACACGGUUAGAACAAUUACCAGAUCACAUCAAGGAGCCAAUCUGGAAACAAGUACCAGAGGAAAAAGAAGAAAGCAAGUCAUGAAGCUUCAGGGAACCACUUUGGACUUGAAAGAAGAGUGGGCCAGAUAUGUGUGUUUGAGUGGAGAGUGCUUGCAGCUGAGGCAGUCUGGAGUUCUCCUCACUGCUCUGUUGAGUCCUCUUGCCCAGUUCAGUUGAAAACAGGGAAUGGAAACUUAAUGACAGGCUGAAAUGGAGUAAAAGACAUUUUGUUCUUUUUUAUUCAUGUCAUUGUUUCCGUUCCAGUUUUAAAAACUUGAGCAGCUAGCCAUGGUGGUGCACAUUUAUAAUCCCAGCUGCUUGGGAGGCUGAAGCUGAAGCAAGUUCAAAGCCAGCCUCAACAACUCAGUGAAAGCCUAUCUCAAAAUAAGAAAAGAGCUAGAAAUGUGAUUUGGUGAGAGAUUCCCCUGGGUUCAAUCCCAAGUACCACAAAAAAUAAAAAGUACAAGCGAACCACUUGGAUACUCUGGGCCAAGAGUCAAAUUUUAUAUUUUGUUCUGCUAUUGUUCUAUUAUUAGUUUCUACUGAUUUUAAUUUAUAGUAUUUCACAUAUUGGAAAAUGAGUGGUUUUUUUCACACACUUUUUUAAUUUUAAAUAUCCUCAAAAGAGAACCUUUGGUUAAUUUAACACUGAGCAGUUAAAGGUUUUAAUCUUUACUUUCGUACAGGCUAGCAUAUGCUGCCUUGGCGGUAAUGACCAACAAAUUGACCUUAUUUAAACAUUACAUUUUUGAAUGUGGAUAUACCUGCAGCAGAUGAAGCACAUUUAUGACACACACUAAACUCUCAUAACCCAAACACCUACAGGGUUGCUUCCAAGGUUCAUACAGUGGAGUUUAUGCUCUCAAGAAAUUACUAUGUGUGUCAUUUCAUUCAUCCUGUGAUUCAUUCAGUAAGCUUUUAUUUGUUAAACUUUGCACUCACUACUGUAGUAAAUACCAGUAAUUGAAUAGAAUUAAUGUCUUUUAAACAUUGAAGGCCCAGAUAAAUAUUUUUCCUUAAUAUCGUCCCCAGUAGGAAGCCCUUUUGGUAGUUUUCAUUUGCUUUAUUUGGAGAUGUCUACUUUUCCAUGAAAUUAAAACCCUGAAAGAUGCAAGAGUACAAUGGACUGAACAGUUGGUAUGGCAACCUCAGGAGGGUGCUUUGUUUCUUUUUUACAGCAGAAUCAGGUCUGUGUCUGUGGUUUCUUUCACAUCUUUGGGGUAAUUAUGACUUCUCAGUUUUUUUUUCCCUUUAAACUGAUCUGCUAUCAGGUAUCAGUGUUUUGAAUACAUCCUACUUAUGUGUCAGACUUACUUUAUUGUGAUUAACAUGAAAAGAACUAUAGCCUGUGCCCCAUGACCUCCUUAGCUCAGUUAUUGACUGUCAUUCACAAAUGUGUAAAGCAUACUCAUCCCAGGUAUAAGCCUCAGAAUUAACUAGUCAAUCAGACAGAAGCAAUAUGAUAAUGACUGCAUCUAGCAAAGCAGCAAUUUGUGACACACUUUUAUUUUAAAAGGCAGGUCUUUAAAAAUAAGUAUAGGUCCACAUGUAAGGUUUUUUUUUUUUUUUUGGCAUGUGUACACAUACACACUCACAUAUGCAAUGUAAAUCACUUAUAAUUGUGCUCACCUCCAACAAUGACUCUGAGAAAGGACUCCUUCAAAGGCUAUGUCUAUUUCUAGAUGUUUUCAUACUAAUUAUGCUGUAAACCAGGUUGCUUAUCCUAGCACUUCAACUUUUAUGUUAAACCCUUAUUUUAAGGAAAAUAUUCAAUUAACUACGGAUGUAGCAGAAAUUAGCAAUAUUUCUUUUGCAACAAAGUAUUUGGCAUAUUCAAAGUCUCUUUGGUAUAAACAAGGUAAUUUCUUAUCCUGAUAGGCUGAAGAAGAGAUUGGGGGGGGGGAGAUUUUUUUUUAAAUUUGGUCCUGAGUAAAAUGCAUAUUCUGAAAAUUAGAAGCAAUACCCGGGUCUCACUUUCCAUGGUUUCAUGAGAGAAGUGGAUCUGAUGGUAGAAUGAACCAGAAGGCAGGUAGAAAGUAAGAUUUAUUUUUCAUUAAGGUGUAGCCCUAAGUUCAUUAUUGCUUUCUCUCAUGUAAAGCAUAUCAAAUAUAAUUAUUUUCUGCUCUGUUCAAAGUUACAGAUAUAACUAUUAAACAAAACUAGUUCAGUGCCAAGUUUCAGUUUUUUCAAAAAGAAAUGAUACAUACUCAUAACAUUAAAUAUAUAAAACAGUUAUUUUAAAACCACUAGUCCCCUAACCUUUCUACUUGCCAACAAGCAUUCCUUUCCUGCGUUAAACUAAAUUUAUUUCACUAUUAUUGAGUAGCAGAGUAGAGAAAAUGUGGACUUUGGAGUCAAACAAGCCUAUCAGAUAAGAGUUCAGACUCACAAAACUGCUGUAAGCUCAGGCAAGGUACUUAGCCCUGUCAGAGCCUUAAUUUACUAAUUAGUAAAAUGUGAGAACUAGUAUCUACUUACCAAGAUUGGAGUAUUAAAUUAGAUAACUGAUAAUGCAUGUUGUGCAGUGCUGGGCAGAUAAUAGACAUUGGGUAAAUAAUCAUUGUUACUAGAUGCAGCACCACUGUGAUGAAGCCUUAGAUGUUCGUGUGCUGCCUUGUUGAAGAACCAGCUGGAAAGGCCCUUGGAUUGUCACCCAGGAAGGGACAGUACUUACCUUAGAGUAUGGCUGUGAAGUUUAGAUGGAAACAGUCACAUGCUUAUUAUAGACACCAUGUAUCAUGCUAAACUUCAUGUGGGCCAUCAUUUACUAUCUGAUAACUCAUUAGCAACCCAAUAAAGUCAUUCCUAUUA